AUGAACUCAUUGUUCUCCAGCGGGCUGUUCGGGCCCCAGGAGGUGGUCGUUCCUCUGCUUGGGAGCGUGUUUGUUCUCGUGGUCACCACAGCUCUUGUCGUUGUUGCUUCGGACUAUUACCAUGGUUGGAAAAGGAGAAGAUUCCUAGGGGGCAUUACCCUCAUGGACGAUGAGAGUUACUUCAGUCCGCGGUUGCGAUUAUGGCGCAGUAGCUUUAACUACCUUGAAGGGUUUGCACGUGGAUACAAGGAGUAUAGCAAAAAGGGCAAACUUUGGGCUGUACCAUUGCCUGGCGGCACAGGCGACAUGAUCGUGCUGCCACCUCAUUGUGGUAAAGAAUACUACAACUUACCCAAAGACCAUAUGAGCAUGAGACACAUGAUGGGCGAUGAAAUCAACUUCAACCAUGUCUUGGAUGUAGCUUGGAAGGUACCCGUGGAGGCCAUGCAAGCAUGCAACAGGUUGAAAAAACUGGAUCCCCUUAUCAUGAAAGAGGCAGAUCGUGGUAUAGCGCAGUAUGUUGGCGAGUCAAAGAGCUGGCGUGAAAGCAGUAUCUUCGAGACCGCGUUGGACAUUCUUGGUGACAUAGGCGUUCUCCUUGUCUUCCGGCCUGGGUUUGGGCGAGAAGCAGGGCUUUCAAAGAAGAUGCAGCGGUACGUGGGCGAAGUUGAACAAAUGACACACUUGUACGCGGAAUACCCCCGGAUAUUGGCACCUCUUAUCUGGCAGUUUUCAAAAGAGUGCCGUCAGAUCAGGUCCAGCAUGAAGUCCAUGAAGAAGACUAUCCUACCAGAAGUCAACCGUCUGAUAGAAGAGAAACGCAAGAGCGAGCCGACUAGCGAGGAUUACUUCUAUACCAGCUCGAUGGUCGAGCUCGCAUUGAAAAAGGGUCCCUUGAGUCGAACGAAAACUGGAAAGGAUGACGAUCAUCAUAUCGACAUGAUGGCCGAUGAGACUAUGUUCAUGUUCUUUGAAACGGUCGAGCCGUCCGUCAUGAUUCUGAGUGCUCUCCUCGUCAGGAUGUUGCGCCAUCCAGAGUACGUUGAGCCAAUCCGGAAAGAGAUCACCGAAGCCUUGAAGCUCAACAAUGGCGAGUGGAGCUUCGAUAUGUUCAACCAUACCCCCCAGUUUGAGAGUUUUACCAGAGAGACCCUCCGCUUAGACGGGAUUGCCCUAGUUGCUGGCAGUCGCCAGGUCGUCGGCAAGCCAUUGACCAUCCAUUCACUGGGUAUGACCUUCGCUCCUGGAACGAAUAUCACCAUGUCGGGCCAAUUCACCCACUUGGACCCUGAAUUUUAUCCAAACCCUACCAAAUUCGAUGGAAACCGCUUUUAUAGCCCGGGCUCUUCGACAACCGCCAGCGACAUCAUCCGUGACACCAUCUCGCCCAGUGAUAGGUGGAUGGUCUUUGGCAUAGGCAUCUCGGCCUGUCCAGCACGUCUAUUGGGAACCAGGCUGUGCCAGGUGGUGGCCGCGAAGAUACUCAUGGCGUAUGAUAUGGAAUUCGGGCAUGAAGGAAAGCUGCCGGACUUCAACAUCCAUAUCGAUGCUGUUGCGGCGCCAAACCCGGAGAUUAGGAUGCGUUAUAAAUACCGUCAAUAG